UCCAUUCCCAGCUACCAAGCGAUCAAAUGGUUAAAGUAUCAUUCUUCGCUACCAUUAAGCAGUGCAUAACUAUCUCUCUCUCUCUCUCUCUCUCUCUCUCUCUCUCUCGACUCUGAAGAGUCAAGAGCUUUAUAUCUCUCACUCUACUGCGUGCGUUUUCUUUUGCAUGCAGUGGAAAACCAAACGCAGUUUCUCUUGAGUAAAACUGUAAAAAGGAGGGGGUUAGAAUAGAGAGAAUAUCGGUCUGGCCGGAAAAAGGGUGGUGUUGAGUCGAAUCGGCGGUGGGAAGUGGCGGCAGAAGGUGAAGAUAAAGGCGAUGGAGUGGUGGCAUAAAAUGGUCUUCCCUGUUAGAAGAGUCUGGUUUGCUGUUUCUGCACGAGUUAAGGCUCCCGAAAAUGAAUUCGAGAUGUCUUUCGAUCUGUUAGCCCUCUUGGACAACGUUCAUAAAAAAGUGAAGGGCCUGAAGUCUAAAGCCCUGACGACAACCUCGUCCAAAGGAAAAAAGUGGGCACAGGAGGCCGCCCAUCCAACCAUGGUGGACCUGGGGCAGAGCUCACGAAACCCGACCCCUCCAAGGCAGCCAACCCCCCAACAACAAGUUCGAGUUCGUACCCCUUGUUAUGGGUCGGACCUCUUAGCUGAUGAUGACGACCAUAUGCCCACCAAGUCGCUCGAGGAGUACGCCGACUGUGCUCUCAUCCAGGGCAUAGUUGAUAAGUAUGAAAAGGAGGUCGAGAUGAAUGAAGGAGUUCGGACUCUCGAGCUCCUUACACUGAAGACACUAAGCGUAGCUCGGGGUCUUGGGCUCAGGGGGUUGAAUUCCUCAGAUCGCAUAGCCGAGCUCGAGGUUAAGAGCGAGGUUGCAUUUAAGAGGGCCCAGGAGCUUGAAAGGGCCCUGGAGGCGGCCAAGGCGGACCUUAAGAAGGCUGAGGACGAGGUUGGGUUGGCAAGGGACGAAGCUGAGGAGGCGAAGCUCGAGCUCAUUCAGUCCCGAAGCUCUUUUGAGGCGGAGCUUGUGAAUGUUCGAGCAGAAGCCCAAGCUCAGGCCGUCGAUGACUUUAAGAAGUCUGAUGAGUUCAAGACUCUCCUGGGUCAGUACGGGUCUGGCUCGUAUUACUAUAGGUUGCAGCUAGCUCGGUCAUUCCUUAUGACCAAGCUCCCCGAGGAUUUGAAACCGGUAGUGGAGGAGUUAAAGACUGUGAACGAGCUCGCUAAGGACCUCGAGCUAUCCUCCUCUGAGGGUGAUGGGGAUGAUGAUGACGAAAAUGCUGGGACCCCCGAUAAUGGAGGGGGGAGUGAUCCCAUCGACCUAGAUUAGACCAUUCCCCGACCCCGAGACUGACAUUUUUGUAACUUUUUCUUUUUGCUUAUGUUGUCUGCCCGAUCUGGGUUUAUGAACUUAUUUUGAUUUUGAUUAAUUGCAAAGUUUAUUGCCCGAACUGGGCUUC